GUCAGAGAAGCCCAACUGGGAUUACCACGCGGAGAUACAAGCUUUUAGCCACCGACUACAUGAAAAUUUCUCACUGGAUCUUCUAAAGACUGCAUUUGUUAAUCCUUGUUACAUUGAAAGUGAAGAGGCAAGACGCCGAGACCUUGGGCUCGACCAGGAAACGGUUGCUCUUAACCUACAAGAUAACAGUAAACUUGCAGAACAAGGCCUGGCCUUUGCACGUUCAUACCUGGCGCGGUGCUUCGAAGGUGCCUACCCAGAGCUGCCCGCCAGCGGGGUGGGAGCACUUGUUGGUUUUCUUACCGGUCAGGAACUCGUUUCUUACGUGGCUCGAAACCUGUCCGUGCAGGACCUGACGCUCUGCAGAGAGUUUCCCGUCCCAGCAGGCGUGCUCCAGAGGACGUUCUUUGCUGUGAUAGGAGCCCUGCUCGACAGCAGCGGGCCUGAGAAGACGGAGAUCUUUGUCAGGGAUUUUUUUAUUCCCGAACUGAUUGGGAAGGACCUCUUUGAGAUCUGGGAAGUUGUAAAUCCGAUGGGCUUGCUGGUGGAGGAGCUGACCAAGAGGAAUAUCGCUCCUCCAGAACCAAGAAUUACCAGGCAGCUGGGAGUGACCACGGUGCUGCCGCUGUACUUCGUUGGGCUGUACUGCGAUAAGAAGAUUAUAGCUGAAGGUCCUGGCGAAACGCUGCUCGCUGCAGAGGAGGAGGCUGCCCGCGUGGCGCUGAGGAAGCUGUACGGAUACGUGGAGAACAGGAGGCCGUGGGAUUACUCGAAGCCCAAACAAGGACUGGCAGUGGCAGAGGCUGUGGGCAGUAACUAG